CCCGCACUCGUGUACCUGGGCGUGAAGGGGGAAGGACAACGCCGUUCUUAGCUUAUCGGAGGACGCGAUCUAAGGAGCCCGCGUGGCUAUUCGUCAACAACUCCAGCCAAUGAGAGGCGUUGUUACUGGCCUGGCUACGGUCGCUCGUUGAUGAAGAAACAGAGACGUAUGAGGGGGAGAGAGAGGCGGUGAUGGUGUUGCGCCACUGUUUGAAAUAUAGCGCUGCUUGUUCUCUCGUUCCUUCUGCUUAUUGCGCUGUCGUCUUUAUUUUCUGCCGCCUCCCUAUGUUUGUUUCUCCCCCACCUUUUCUGCUUCUUAUAAAUGCUAGAUCUAAAUGAAGGAUGGAUUCUGACGAUGUGACAAUCAGAGAGCAAAACUUUCACAGCCAGGUCCGGGAGUACACAAUUUGUUUCCUUUUGUUUGCUAUUUUGUACACAAUUUCCUACUUCAUUAUCACCAAAUACAAAAGGAAACCAGAUGAUCAUGAAGAUGAAGAUGCCAUUGUCAACAGAAUUUCGUUGUACCUGUGCACAUUUACUUUGGCUGUUUCAGCUGGUGCGGUCUUGCUGUUGCCAUUUUCAAUUGUCAGCAAUGAGAUCCUGCUUUCCUUUCCACAAAAUUACUACAUACAAUGGCUGAAUGGUUCGUUAAUUCAUGGACUGUGGAAUCUUGUAUCCCUGUUCUCCAACCUUUCCCUGUUUGUGCUGAUGCCUUUUGCCUAUUUUUUCUUGGAAUCUGAAGGAUUUGCUGGAUCAAAGAAGGGAAUUAAAGCACGGAUCCUGGAGACUUUAGUUAUGCUUAUUCUUCUUGGACUGCUUAUUUUGGGAAUAGUCUGGGUAGCAUCUGCUCUGAUUGAUAACGAUGCAGCCAGUAUGGAAUCUUUGUAUGAUCUUUGGGAAUUUUAUCUUCCUUAUUUAUAUUCCUGCAUUUCGUUGAUGGGAGGUUUAUUACUUCUAUUGUGUACACCGGUGGGUCUAUCCAGGAUGUUCACAGUAAUGGGACAAUUGCUAGUAAAGCCUACAAUCCUGGAAGACUUGGAUGAACAAAUCCAUUGCAUCAUUCUGCAGGAAGAAGCGCUUAUAAGGAGAUUAAAUGGUGCUUAUAUGACAUCCUAUUUGAAAUAUGAUUCUGACGAACUUGAGCAAGAAUUGGAUGGUGUAAGAAGCAAGAGAUCAAAACUUGAACGACGCAAGAAAGCUUCCGCAUGGGAGCGGAAUCUGGUUUAUCCUGUUGUCAUGCUGAUACUACUGUCAGGAACGACAAUUUCUGUCCUUUUGGUUGCUUUCAAUAUCCUGGCUCUGUUGGUUGAUGAAACUGCAAUGCCAAAAGGAUCACAGGAACUGGGCCUUGGUAAAGCCUCUCUGUCUGCAUUUGGGUUUGUUGGUGCAGCGAUUGAAAUCAUUCUGAUUUUCUAUCUGAUGGUGUCCUCUGUCGUCGGCUUCUAUAGCCUCCGGUUCUUUGCAGCCCUCACUCCCACGAAAGACGACACAACCAUGACAAAGAUUAUUGGAAAUUGUGUCUCAAUAUUGGUCCUUAGUUCUGCAUUACCGGUUAUGUCAAGAACCUUGGGAAUAACCAGAUUUGACCUACUUGGAGACUUUGGAAGGUUCAACUGGCUGGGCAACUUUUACAUUGUACUCUCAUAUAAUCUAUUAUUUGCUGUGGUAACGUCUCUAUGCCUGAUUCGAAAAUUUACAUCUGCUGUAAGAGAAGAACUUCUUAAAGCUUUAGGUUUGAAUAGUCUACAUCUUUCAAAUAGGACGCAGGAGUCAGAGAAGGUUCUGCAUUCUGCAAAUGGACACCAAAAAUCAUUCUGAUACCUGAUAAAACAGCAGGCAACUUUCAGGAUGCAAACAAUUCAGUCAUAUGACAUUCCGCUCCCCUCAGUUCUGCCGGGAGUCUUGACAGUCAUUUAUUUUCAGCUGCUAGUGGAAGUCAGAGAAGGGUUCUAUUGUGGAACAAUGUUAUCUGAGAAGUGCACAGGAAGUACAUGUUUGGGACUCACUCCAUUUCAGCAAGAGUUUGAGGUAUGGCUGAAUGUGCUUUGCUUGGACUAUCAUGCAGUAUUUAGACUACCUUCUACACAUCUUUUGAUUAUGAUUUGAAAUCUCUUUGGCAGUGAUUAAAGUUUUGGGUCAUUAGAAGGCAAUUGCUUAGUUUCUCACUAAUACACUCACUCAGUACUACUUCUAGAAAAUGUGCUACCAAGGGAGAUUUUUUUGUGAAGUCUGGGCAUGCAAACAUGUUCUUCCAGGGAGCUCUGUUGCUUAGGUUGACAUUGUGGAGCCAUUCCCAGUUUCUGCUUUGGAACAGAAUGCCUCAUUUCCAAUUUAGCCAACCUGGACUCCAUCCUACCGCAGAUCACAUAAAACUGCAUUCCUACUGCAAUUUUAAUCAGAAAGAAAAUGUUUCUUCACUAACCUCUCCAGUAGCAUUAUGACAAGUCUGUUUACGAUCUUCUCUUGUAAAACAGAAAUUAAAUUUGUAUUUUUUAUUAAUGGUCCAAUCUGUGUUAAUGUCACUAUAAGGUGAAUGCUCCGUCCUUGGCACCAACUGGAAGCCAGUGUACUUGCACAAACCAGGAUCUGGAUACCGUUAGACCUAUUCUGACAGGUGACCUGCACAGUGUUUGGAUAAACAACUUGCAGCAAACCUGCUCCCUGUUUUUCCUAGUCUGUUUCAUUGAUUGUAGAGACUGGGAAUGUAUGGACAGCUAUUAUAAAUAUAAGUAUUACGUUUAUAAUUUCAAUAUUACUGCAACUGAGUAAUAAAUGUCAUUGGUAUCUUGAAUAUUAAAAUGUCCCACUCUAUAAUAGUCAUUAAAUGGUUAUAACGGAAAUGACUUUGGUAAGAAACAAGGUUAAUGCUCGGAGUUGUCAUUUGAAGCCAGUUGACUUACUUCAUGAUACGCACAUUUGAGACUUUGGGCAGAUUGCCCUCAUCUAUUCCCUGAUGGCAUGUUUGAAAGUAGGUGGUGCUAUGUAAUUGGGAACCCUGUCACAGUCCUUCGGCCUAAUGCAUUUCAAGGCAGAAAGACUUAAUGAUGGUCUGUCUACCUGUCUGGUUAACCAGUGGCUAGCAGGGAAGUCACCAUCUGGAGAGCAUAUAAAGCAAAUUUGGCUAUUGGGAUGGUUGUUCUCACUAUGAUGUAGACAUUGUUGGGUCAAAGGCAUUCACUGUCUGAUCAAGGAACCUGUCAUUGGGAAACUGGGAAGCCCACUGAGAGCCAUAAUUGUACUCUUUUUCUUCUGCCCCCCCCCCCCAAACCCAGGCCAGUGACCUCUCUAUUUUGCCCUCAAGUCUUCAGGGGUGCAUGUUCCUCAUUGAUUCCAGGCAAUUCCUUCAGUUAAUUACUGGCAGUGUACUGGUACUAAUUGGCAUGGAAAGCUACUGUCAUCUGAAAAAUGUGUUGCUGGAAAAGCGCAGCAGGUCAGGCAGCAUCCAAGGAGCAGGUGAAUCGACAUUUCGGGCAUUAGACCUUCUUCAGGGCAAUGUAUGGACAACCAUUAUAAAUAUGAGUUUUAUGUUUAUAAUUUCAAUGUUACUACAACUGAGUAAUAAAUGUCAUUGAUAUCUUGAAUAUUAAAAUGUCCCACUCUAAUUCCUGAUUCCUGAAGAAGGGCUUAUGCCCGAAACGUCGAUUCUCCUGCUCCUUGGAUGCUGCCUGACCUGCUGCGCUUUUCCAGCAACACAUUUUUCAGCUCUGAUCUCCAGCAUCUGCAGUCCUCACUUUCUCCUAGCUACUGUCAUCUGCUUGACUCACAGCUGUUUGGGUAUGUGCAGAGUAGGAAUUUUGCUCCAGGAUCCAACAGGCUGGUAAAGGGCAUUAAGCAUCUGAUGGACACUCAUUACCAAUCCUUUCCCAGUGGAGGUGAUAUUGGGCCCUGGCCAGUUUUCCAGUCAGAAAGCAAACCAGCGACCCCCCCCAACCUCGCCAACAUUAAAUUGUGGAUAUAAGUUUGCUUGCUGAGCUGGAAGGUUCGUUUUUAGACAUUUCAUUACCAUACUAGGUAACAUCAUCAGUGAGCCUCCGGUGAAGCGCUGAUGAUAGGUCCUGCUUUCUAUGUUGUUGUUAACUAGUAUGGUGACAAAACGUCUAAAAACAAACCUUCCACCUCAGCAAGGAAAGUUACAUCCAGAACCUCAACCUGAGCUACAGAUCUUCUCAAAACAUUACGUCCUGUCCUCAAAGCAAGAUAUCCCCAAGGUCAUUUCUGCCAUUGUUACAUUCUUGGUUUAUUGUUCUUGCUGUGCCGUUCUGUAGGAGCAGUUAAUCCUCUUCUAAACUAUUCAUCAUAAUUUUUUUGAAGUUAGGAUUAUAAGAAAGGGAAUUUUGGGGGAAAAAAAAUGAAAUUCAUAAAGAAAAGCCAGAUGUUUCAUCCGCAACAUGAAAUACACUGAAAGGAAUUCCGGAAAGAAAUAUGUAAAAAAAAAAAACCCUGCAAAUAAACCCUUGCAAUGAGCAGAAGUGGAUGUCCAUCAACAUCUGGCAAACAUGGCAUACCUUUCUACCUUCAUAAGAUAACCUCCAUUACUUUAUUUGUGAUGAUGUGAAGAGCCAUCCCAAAACACAAUUAGUAUUAACCUCCCCCCACACCACACCAAACCACAAACAUGUGGUGUCACGCUGCCUAAUUUAUAACAGUAACUGUCUUUAAAGGUAAUCCGUUGAUUGUAAAGUGAUUGCAAAGUCCUGAGGAUGUGCAAGAUAAUGCUCAAGGUUUUGCUUAUAACUCAUCAGUACGCUAAUUCAUUGCAGUUCUAAGCUUUUUUUAAAAAGUGCCCAAUAAUGGUUUGAGGUGAUCUAAGUGAGAUCUUCUUUAAUUGCAUAAGAAUUCUUUUUAGGAUUUGUGAAAAGGCGUGCUUCAGUUUAUGGUGUUUUUUUUAAAGCUGAACACUGGCAAAUUCAUGCCACAAUACUAGUUUCUCAGAUUAAUUUGUUCAAACUCUCUUCAUUUUUUGGGGAUGAUGGAAGGAAUUCCAAUUUCUAAUAUUACCAUGAACCCCGAAACAAUCAAGAUACUUGGACUAGUCUGCUGUCAGAAAUCUGGGUACCAGGGUAGAACCACAUUAAUACCAUUGUAGCCUGUGCCAUUCUAGGAGAUGUGGCAUGCUGUUCAAAUUUAUUUACAGACUAUGCUCUCAUUCUUCUGAAUUCUGCAGACCUUGGUUACCUUGCAUCAAGGUUAACUGUUUACAUUAGCUAUGAUCUGUUUUCAUAGACUCAUUUUAGACUGAACAAAACGGGGGUAGUUAGGAAAUAGUUAGACUAACAAGUAGCUGAAAGAAGGUUGUAUUCACCAAUGUCUGACAAUCUGUUGCCCAUCAACUUUGUUUUUAGGGAAAGAAUAUGAAGAAUACAUUUUGAAAUGUGUUUUAAGCUCAGAGUAAGUUCUGCAGUAAGCUGAGCCUGGAUUUUUGAAUGAUUUGGGAAAUUUAAAAAUAUUUUCACCUUGAGUCUUUUCAAAUAGGAAAUCUAUAAAAUGCAUGUGUCCUGUUUGACUGGUUUGUAAGAUUUGAAAACUUAAGAACCACUUCAACAUUUUAUGGUGAGUAAUUAUUACUUCAAUGUGUUGGCAAGCACUUUGUUGUUUACAUUCUUUUUGGUCCAAACUUUCCUUCAGUCACAUUAAUGGUAUAAUACUUGGCAUAUUUUGACCUUCAUUUCACUUCACGGCCACUCAUUCUUUAAUUGAUCAUGUCUUGCCAGCGCUGUUGUGGUGGUUCAUUGUAGAUUAAGUUCCAGAGGCUUUGUUGCUAGUCCUCAAUGAUACUUUGUGAAGUGGGUAUAUGGGUGGGUUGAUUUAUUCUUAAAUAGCAUGAGCAUUAUUGGUGUAAAUAAACCACUGAGUUCAUGGAACAUUUUCAGAAACAUUAGUGAACACUUGCUUGUACUCAUAAGGGCCGUUAAAUGGGGAGAAUAGUGUAAAUGGGGAGAAAGUUGUUCCAUGCAUCAAGCUAUUCCAUUUAUUUGUAAGCUUGUGUGUGAACAGAUCAAACUAGAUGCCAAAAUUCAGAUUGCUAUUCUAAACUUUUUUUAGUUAAGGUAGAAGUGACUAUACAUUAAGAAGAUUUGAUUUAUUGUCAUCUGAGAUGUUCAUUGUGGCAGAUGUGACAAUCUCAUGAAAUGUUUGUAGGACUUAAGAAUGCAGUUUGCUUCUAUUCUUCAAAACUAAGCUGUUAUUCAAUGACAUUUCAUUGAAGUUUCAUUUGAAUUAAAUAUUUCCGUUUUCCUAUCAGAGAACAUAUGAAGGAAUUUUAAUCUAUUGAGUUUUAAUGUACUUUUACACGAGUGGAAUGCAAGCAUGUCAGCUGUCAUACAGUAAUCCUUUUCCAGCUUCACUGAGAAAACGCCUCAAAAUUCUGCUAAACAGUAGUGCCAUAUGUGAAGCAUGUGAAUCCAUUAACAGAUUUAAGUCAUCAGUUCAAAAAAAUUUAAAUGCAAAGAGCUAGUCCUUGUGUUUGCACUCUGCAUCAUUGUGUUGAGCAACAGAGACCUUGGUCAUGAAGGCUGGGGCCCUGUGCAUUUAAGAGGAUACAUGCAGAGGUUAGCUUUUUUCAAGAAUGGUUUUUUUUAGAAAAAGCCAGUAGUAUAAAGGUGUGUCCUGAACACAAUCUGGACCAAUCCUGAAUACACAACUGCUGUGCUGUUAAAUUAAUAACUUCCAAAUGCAAAAUAAACAGUACCAAGCAGCUAUUAGGUUUUUUAAAAUAUUUAGUUAGUACCAUUAGCCCUUGGAUCUUGUGCAAUAACAGCAACACCACAGUAAGAGUUCCAGAUUUGGCAGGGAUGGCAUCAUGAUCAUCAUAAAGCCUCUGGUAGGUUUGUUUUGUCGUUGCUACUGAAUGCAAGAGACCUAAACAAAGGAAGUAUUGACCCUGGAUGGUUUAAAAAGAAAAUCGACCUUAUUUACUUUCAUCUACUAUAUCUUCAGUUUUAUUCUGUUUGUGUGAUGAUGUUACUCAGCCAUAUAUGCAAUCAUUUGCACAGUGACCAAAAGGCCUACUGGUAUCAUUUGAACCAGACAUUUACAAACCUUCCAGUUUCUUACUGAUAGAGUUUCUUUGUUAAUGACAAGUUCACUGUGAUUUCCUUCCUGCCUCCCAGCUGAAUAUCAUUGUUGAGAGUUUUUUUCUGAAGUCAUUCUUGUAGCAACAUUCAUGUACAUUUUACUGGUGUUUGUUAUGGUAAUUAGCAUAUUUUAUUGUCUUGUGCACUGUGAUAUGACUUGUUUUUUUAUAGAGUUAAGUAUUUCUGUCACAUUGUAAUUAAAAAGAAAUGCAAAACACAGAUUGUUUUGCUAUGUUCUGUUAGAAUUGCCCAUUUUGUGCUGCCAGUAAUAUUCCUGUUGGGUAAAGACCUGUGUUUUUAACUGCAUACAAAUAUGUAGUUUACCUGGCACACAUGUCCAUACUAACUCAUUGGUUGUGGGAUCACUAAUAUAAAAUAGGCAUUAUAGCAAGCUCUUUUAAAAUAUACAUGAAAAUCCAAUUGGUCCAAAUGUGAAAUUUUUGAUAACUAGGCUGUGAAGCAACACUUUAGAUUGUUUUCUUUUGUGAACGUCUUUUUGUAUAGGAGAGAGUGGCUCUAGUUUGUUGAAUUGGCAGCUGCAUUUUUUGUUUUACAAACUAUAAAGUUGUAAUGACAUCCUUGCAGGGAGUUCUGUUUGUUUAAGUUCAAGAUGUGCACUUCAUUAUUUCAGAAGAACCACUCUGCUUUUUAAAAUAGGCAUUCUGUGGUGUUACUUGAAACAAUGUUAAAUUUUGGUCUUAGUUCCAUUGUUUUAUUUUAAUUUCUAAAUUUAACUGAAGAUCAGGAGUGUUGGGUAAGGGUCUAAGUACAUGAAAUCCAGUCACAUUUCUCCAUUUAAAACAUAGGGUGUCUCAUUUUUAUCUGUUUAUCAUUGGGUGCAGAUAGGUUGCAUGGAGCCCAUAAACCAGCUUACUUCUGUAAGCCACUGUACAGGGCAAGACUGGUUAUAAAGAAAUGAAAAGCAGUUGUCUCUCUCAGAUUUGGCGACUAUCAGAAGAACCUUGUUUUAAAUUUUAGAUAUUUUAAUGCAUUGCGUUUUGUGCAUUUGUCACAAUGGCUUUACGUUCACUUGAUUUCCGUUUGAAGCUAUUGAGAUCGCAGGGCUACAUGUGUGCAACCAAAAGAGGAAAGAUUUAAAUUAGAGUAUUUCAAAACAAAGAUAUAGGAACAGAUAACAAUUUGUUGAGGUACUUGUUUGUUAGUGAAACUUGAUGGUCAUUUUGCUCUUCAUUCCAAAGACUUAUGAAAUUUUCCAGUGCAACAUUUUGAGCAAGUGUCAUGAAGUUUGCACGUUCUCUCAGUGUCUGCAUGGGUUUCCACACACAACCCAAAAAUGUGCAGGCUGGAUGGAUUAGCCAUGGGAAAUGCAGGGUUACAGGGAUAAGAUCUGGGUGGGAUGCUCUUCAAAGGGCCUCUGUGAAUUUGAUGGGCUGAAUGGCCUGUUUCCACACUGUAGGGCUUCUAUCAUUCUAUUACAAACCAGAUCUCAUGUUAGAAAUGUUUGAGGAGGAUUAGUGAAGACACACUUGAUGUGCAUGGAGUUUCCGCUCACAGGACCAAAGCCUAUGCCAGUCAUUGGGAGUUUGCAUGGUUUGAACACUGCUUCAUGGGCGUGAGUAACAGUUCAAAAUGGUAAAAAAUUUAUACUUAUUUGAGAGAACAAGAGUUUAGGAAAUGGAAUUGUCACACUGCACAGUUUCGUGCACAUCUCUGAAACUGGUACCAAGAUUCAGUUAAGGGAGCUGUAUACUGUGCAGUGCUAUAGCUAACCUUGUGUAGUAUUGGAUUUUCUUGCCUUUUCGUUGGUGUUAUGCAUAAUAUACAUUGAUAGCAACCUGAAUUAUACUGUAGUUCCCCAAUAAUUUGUAAGCAUUUAAAGUUACCAUUGGCAUAAUUUAGCUUUUAUUUCUACAAUUAAUGUUUAUUUUAAAGUUGAAGAAAAAUUGUGCAUUCUGGAAAGAAGCUUGUCCAAAAAAACUAGCUCUUCAUAAGAACCAUGUCUUGUUUAAAACAAAAUCUAGAACUACAGGGGCUGCACCUUUUUGAAAUGAUAGUUAAUGGAAAAGGUUUGUUUAAAUCAUGUUAGUUUACUUUCAUGUUAGUAAUCUUUCGGAACAUUUUGUUCAGCUUUCACAGUUUAAAAUAGUCAAUAACAAAAUCUGACAAAUAUUGUUUGAUGUCCAGCAGUUUCCCCCAUCAUCAGAAUUAUUGCAUACUUUAAAUGGCAUUAUUACAUGUUCUGAAACAAACAGCAUUUUGUUCUCGUACACACUUUAUUUACAUUUACAUUUACAUACACUGAAACACAACAAGCAUGCAGCUGCCAAUUCAUUAGUUAAGUUGUUCAUUUUGAUUCCUAGGAUGUCUGUCCUGGGUAUUGCAGCUGUUGAUAUAUUGCAUGUUAGUACUUUCAUUGUUGGCACUAAGAGAAUGUAUCAUCAACAUUGUACCUAUAAUAUGUUUUUUUUUUGUAAAAUAGUUUGUAAUCAAAGUUUACAUUGUAGCUUCUCUUGUGUUUACAAUAAAUUUCAAUGAACUGUG